AUGUCUUCCUCCUCUCCUCCAAACCAAAUCAUCGAGCACAUUGUCCUUUUCAAAGUCAAAGACGAUAACGACUCCAACAAAAUCACCUCCAUGAUCAACAAUCUCAACGCCCUCGUCUCUCUCAACCAGAUUCUUCAUAUCUCCGCCGCUCCUCUCCACCGUGUCAGAUCCACCUCCGCUUUUACUCACGACCUCCAUAGCCGAUACGGAUCUAAGGAAGAUAUGAACUCCUAG